AUGGAGACGAGACAUAUAACUAUUCAAAGUGCCUUGGAAAAGCUAUCAUCAUUUCUGGAAUCAUUUCUUCCAAUUCUUAAUACACAUAUGGUCCACUUCUACACUGAGGAGAUAUGGGGAAAAUUGAAGAGUGAGUUGCAGGCUGAAUUAAUGGCUAUGAAUGAUACUGAGAUAACAGAGCUUCCUAAUGAUUACCUGAAUAUUUCUGUGAGCAAGCCAAGUCAUAUUUCUCCAAGCUUACUGCAGCUAAUGGAAGACAUCUUUAAGCAUAAUUUGGAAUCUUUAAACGUUCUCGACGAUCUCCCGUCCGUUUGGAAGCAAAUGGAUAUCAAACCCUUAAGUUCACCGAUUCACUUUGAUAAGUUCAUGACGGUAAAAAAAUGUCACGAGGUUGGAGCGCUUUGCGACACUGUGGCUUCCUUUGCUAACUAUACUGCCAGCAAGUUGAUUGUCGAUCUCGGCUGCGGAAAAGGAGCGCUGGCAUCAAUGCUUUCGCUAAACCAUGGGUUGUACGUCUCGGGUAUUGACGCUGCCGGUUUCAACGCACAUGUUGAAGCAGGAAGGCAAUCAAUGCUUCAAAAGACUUUUCAAAGCCAUGUAAAAAAAGCACGUCUUACAGAUGAAGAAGAGGUUGAUCUCUCGGUGAGAUUUCGGCGCUCUACGCUGUACUUGUCAAACAAUUUCGACAUCCGCCCACUUAUUGAAGAAUGCAGUCAACACUUUCAACAGUCGUUUAGACACGUUGGCUUAAUAGGUCUGCAUACUUGCGGAAAUUUGGCCUCAACUUCUGUGCAACUGUUCGUGAACUCACCUGAGUCGCGCUUCUUGUGCAACGUUGGCUGCUGUUAUCAUCUAUUGGAUGAGAUAUUCGACAAGAAUAGCAACGGGCAGGAACCUGGGUUUCCUCUAAGCAGCUACCUCAAAUCCAAAAGCUUCGCUUUGGGACGAAACGCCCGAAUGGUCUCUUCGCAGCCGCUAGAACGAUACGCCACUAAUAAACAGGUGCAACCUGAGGUACUUUUCUAUCGCUCACUGUUACAAGUUAUCCUCGAAGAAAAGUUCCCCUCAACACCUCCAGUUGAAUUUCAAGUGGGAAGACUGCGUAAGCCUGUCGGUAGUUUCCGGGAGUAUCUUCAGUGGGCAACGAAAAAAUUGAAAUUAAAUUUAGUGUUGACAGAUGAUGAAAUCGAGGCAUAUUUGACUCGUUUUGGUGAUGAUAAACGUAGGAACUUGUAUGCCUUCUUCCAGCUUCGUCUACUGUUGGCCAGUUUAGUCGAACACAUAAUUUUGCUGGACCGAUUAGCGUUCCUUACAGAGCAGGAAGUUGUAAGCCAUUCAUUCCUGGUUCGAAUAUUUUCGCCCGUGACAUCUCCUCGUUGCUACGCCCUCAUAGCUUUCAAACACGUUUCAGAAAAUGCAUUGAAACUGUGUAAUGAACCGGAAAUUGAAGAAAUAAAAUUGUUGGGCUAGUG